ACUGACAUUCUUUGGCAUUUAACGUGUAGUGCCGAGUACCGGUUUUUGUAAGUGUUACAUAUUUUUCAAGUAUUUUUUCUGUCUUUUAAUAUUAUUCGAAGCGAAUGUGGCAGAGUUGCGUACGCUUUUACUUCAUCAAUUUUAUCAGGAGUAUAGGAAGUGAUUUGACAACUUGAAAUUUACAAUAAAAGAAUAACAUAACAUGAACUCUUCUGGAGGAAGUGUGUGCUAUAAAUGCAACCAGCCUGGGCAUUUCGCCCGUGAAUGUGCACAACCAGGAGGAGGUCGCGAUGCAGGUGGUAGAGGUGGCGGCGGUUAUAAUCGCAACCGCGACAAGUGUCAUAAAUGUAACAAAAUUGGGCAUUACGCUCGAGAUUGCAAGGAGGAGCAGGCAAGAUGUUAUCGAUGCUAUGGAGAGGGGCACUUUGCUAAAGAUUGCCACCAGAGCCCUGACAUGCCUUCAUGCUACAAUUGCAGGAAGCCAGGUCAUAUCGCUCGCAGCUGCCCUGAAAGCGGCGGGGACCGCAUGAACAACGACACAUGUCACAAUUGCCAGCGACCCGGUCAUAUUUCGAGGAACUGCCCUGAGAACACCAAGAUGUGUUACCAGUGCCACAAACCGGGUCAUCUCAAGCGAGACUGCCAGGAGAGCCAGGAUUUCAGGAAUUAGUAGUUAUGGUGUUAAUUCAGUUCCUUGACUGGUUAAAAUGUUAAUUUUUAGUAAUGUAAAUGAUAUAUUAGUUCUUAAUCCAGUGCAUAGUGUUACAAAAAUUAUAUGUACCAUCAGUUUCACCGAAAUUCAUUAAAUUAUAGAAAUUUGAGAUAAGUCUAAUAAAUCUAAUAGAUACAGUCAACUUUGGCAUCAUUGCUAAUAAUUGACUUUUUGUGGUUUAAUCUGGAUAUUAAAAUAUAGUGGUCACCUUGCAAUUAAGAAGCUGUUGUCAUUAUAAAACUGCAAGAAUUACAUAUACAUUUAAUAUUAAUCCAACUACAUUUAUUUGUAAGCUAACAUAAUGGCCUACCUUCCAUGGGCCUAACUUAAUGCUGCGCCUAGCUGAGAUAAGACAUUUAUAUUUUACAUUGUUGCUAAAGUGUUGAACUCACCAUAAAAUUUAAAAUUAAAAAAUAUUGUUUCAUUUUACUAACUUUAAAAACAAGUACCUGUUAACUAAAAAAAAAAAAGCACCAAGGAUGUAUAAUUUUAUAUAGCACUAUAUGUUGGAUAUUGGACUAUAUACAUAUAAGCUAUGUACGAUUUUAUUUUAUAUAGAUAUUUUUAUGUUGUACUUCUUAAAAGCGUAGCUAUUAUGCGGAAAGGUGUUUCAGGAGAUACUAUUAAUUUUCAAAUUAUUUGAAACAAGCUUUAAACAAACAUUCUCAGAGUCAAAAAUUUGCCUCUCAAAUUGGAUGUGUCUUAUGAUUUUAACAAGCUCUCUUCAUCAUCAGAAGUAUUCAGGUGACAGCUAAAAAAAAACUAAUACAUUUUCCAUGUGUUUUCAUAUCUGCAGGAAGCGAAACUAUAUAACGUGUUCACCUAUAGACACAGGCUUCUCAGCAAUGUGGAAGUCUAGAAAUAUAUAAAACAUUCUUGGUUUCCAGUUUUCAAAUAUAAGAAAAAUGAUUUAAUUUGAAGCUUACGAAAUUUGUUUUAAUUCUUUUUUUUUAAAUAUUCUGUACUAUUUGUUUAAUAGCCAGAUAGGUCCCCUACCUUUCAAAGCAUUUUAAUUUUUUUAUUUUGUGAAACGCAGAUUCACUGUUUGGUACAUGGAAAAAUCAAUUUUGACCAGCAAAUCAAUCAAAAUCUAGAAAAGUUAGCCAUUUAUUCAAAUUGCUGAGGAUCCUGUAGACAUCAAUAUACGUGUCGCUGAUGAUUACCACGAAUGAAAAAUCGAACAUAUUUGGCCCGUCCAAUAUCAUUGCAUUUCUUAUGUUACAAGUACUGGUGUUUGGUAGAUUAAUUAUUUUUGUAAUUCCCAUUGCGCAUAUAAUUUUUAUUGUUUGACAAAAAAUAAAGGGAACUGAGUGGUUACGGAAGGAUUAGGUUUAAAAACAAAAAACAAAGUGUUUUUUUGUUUUGUUAAAGCAAGGUAAAUUUUGAUAAUUUUUUUGUUGAUACAUAUUUUUUUCGCGAAACAAACUAAAAGCACUGUUGUAACUUUAGGAGUUAUCAAUGUUUUCAAGGAACACCAAGCUGCAUUACAUUUCUGUAAAUUAUUUUGUCGCAAGACGUUAAAUCCUUAUUGUUCCAAAUGAAAUGAAACAUUGAUAUUAUUUAUUUAUCUUAGAAGAGUAUGUUUUUUCUUGAUACCUUCGUUUAUAACAAGAAUGUUAGUGGUUUACGGAUAAUACAAAAAAAGAUGCAAAAUUCAUAGAACUUGAGUUUUUGGUUAUUUUCUUGUUCCUAUUAUGCCUUAAACAUAGAAAUAUGUAUUUAUAAGCUGAAAUAUAAACAGGACGGUAUU